UUGACCAGGCCUUUGCGCGAACGCGAGAACCGCCCUCGCAAAAGCUCCAGCUCCUAUGACGUCUCGUCCAGCCCAUCCGCGCCGGGACGCCAUGUGCCGCUGCCGCCAUCUGUGGAAGAUGUCAAGAGCCAGGCGUCGGACGAUGGCUCCGUCGGACGCAUCUCCAACAUCCUGAUGAUCCCGCGGCCGCACGUCCACAUGGCUUACGAAGUCAGCAGUUCUCUGGGUUACACCAGCACACGAGACGCUCUCGAGAACAUGAUGGAGCCUCAGCAGCGCGACUCCAGCGCGCCGGGACGCUUCCACGUUGGCAGCGCCGAGUCCAUGCUCCAUCUCCGUUCCACCGGCGUUUACGCGCCGCAACGCGCGCUGAUCAACCCCUUCGCGCCGUCGCGGAUGCCGAUGAAGUUGACGUCGAACCGGCGCCGCUGGGUCCACACUUUCCCCGUGGGUCCUUCCGGCGAAGCCAUCCAGAUCCACCACCAGACGCGGCAAAACAUGGCGGAGAUGCAAGACAGCGGUCAGAAGGACUGGACGCACUCCUCAGCCGAACUGCUGGAGCUCGCGUACCACGAAGCCGCCGGCAGGCAUGGCGUUUCGCGGCGUAUGGAGGACGAUGCUUCCUUCUCAAGCUUUGGCAUGACGGAAGAUUAUCUGCGCCAAGUCGCGGGCGCGAACGUCCGAACACAAACGAAGGACGCUGCGGUGGCCGGCAGCACGUUGGCCAACUCUCUGGAUCCGAUGCCCGCCUUCUGUUGUACCGUCGGAGUGGACUGGAAGUCCCUCACGACGCCCGCCUGCCUCCCACUCACGACGGACUACUUCCCGGACCGGCAGAGCCUCCAGAACGACUACACUGAGGGCUGUUAUGACCUCCUCCCGGAGGCCGACCUCGACAGGAGGGAAGAGGACGGUGUUCAGAUGACCGCGCAGCAGGUUUUCGAAGAGUUCAUCUGCCAGCGGCUGAUGCAGGGCUACCAACUCAUCGUCCAGAACAAGCCGCGGAAAAUAGCCGCCGCUGCCGUCCAGCCGCCGCUCAGCAGCAGUCCCUUGUACAGCCGAGGCCUCGUGUCCCGCAACCGGCCAGAGGAAGAUGACCAAUACUGGCUGAGCAUGGGCCGGACUUUCCACAAAGUGACCCUGAAGGACAAGAUCAUCACUGUCACACGAUAUUUGCCCAAGUGAGUUACAUUUUAUGUUUU